CUCUUUUUUUUUUUGAACCCUACCACCACCGCCCACAACAACAAUGACCACCAACGGCCACUCAUCCACAACCGAGAGCAUCCUCGCCCGCACUGCCGAGGAAGCGCUGGUCAACGGCCUCAGCAAGCUCGAGCUCGACGAGCCCUUGCUCAAGCCAAACCCACAUCGCUUUGUGCUCUUCCCGAUCCAGUACCACGACGUCUGGAAGAUGUACAAGAAGGCUGAGGCGUCCUUCUGGACUGCAGAAGAGGUCGAUCUCUCCAAGGACUUGAAUGACUGGGACAAGCUCAAGAGCGAGGAGCGCCACUUCAUCUCGCACGUCCUCGCCUUCUUUGCUGCGUCGGACGGCAUCGUCAACGAGAACCUCCUCUUGCGCUUCAGCACUGAGGUCCAGAUCCCCGAGGUCCGCUCGUUCUACUGCUUCCAGAUUGCCAUCGAGAACAUUCACUCGGAAAUGUACAGUCUGCUCAUUGACAUGUACAUUAAGGAUUCCGCCGAGCGCGAAAAGCUCUUUAACGCGAUCGAGACUUUGCCGUGCGUUGCCAAGAAGGCACAGUGGGCGCUCCGAUGGAUUUCCGACCGUCGCUCGACCUUUGCCCACCGCUUGAUUGCCUUCGCCGCCGUCGAGGGCAUCUUCUUCUCUGGCUCCUUUGCUGCGAUCUUCUGGCUCAAGAAGCGCGGACUCAUGCCCGGCCUCACCUUCUCGAACGAGCUCAUUUCUCGCGAUGAGGGUCUGCAUUGCGACUUUGCUUGCAUGCUCUUUGGCCUGCUCAACAACCGACCAUCCAACGCGGACGUCCUCGCCAUCAUCAAGGACGCUGUUGCGAUUGAACAAGAAUUCCUGACCGACGCCCUGCCCGUUGCGCUGAUUGGCAUGAACGGUGGACUCAUGAAGACAUACAUUGAGUUUGUGGCCGACCGAUUGCUCGUCGCCCUUGGCCAGGAGAAGCACUACAAGGUGGAAAAUCCCUUCGACUUUAUGGACUUGAUUUCGCUGCAAGGCAAGACCAAUUUCUUUGAGCGUCGCGUCGGCGAGUACCAGAAGCCCGGUGUCAUGUCCACCAAGGACGAGCACCGUUUCACCCUUGACGCCGAUUUCUAAAAGCGACGCGCAGUCCCGUGUGACCGCCUCCCUUGCUGCCCGCCCCCCCCCUGCAUGGAUCUUGCUUGGUGCCUCUGUUGAUGCUGUUGUAGUAGUUUCCUUUGUCUUUUCUGCUUGUACUUUUUUUUGUGUGUAUUUUCGCUGAAUCCUUUUUGUUGUGUGCAUGAAUAAUAAACCAAAUCUCCCA